AUGAGGCAAGAAUUUGUAGACGGUGUUGAUGCUUUUGUUGACUAUGCAAUGACACUUGAAACUUUUCAAAUUCAUGGCUUGGUUAGGUGCCCUUGUGUGAAAUGUAAAUGUAUGAAUUACGAGAAACCAGAGAUUGUUAGGCUUCAUCUCUAUAAAGAUGCCUUUGAAAAAGAUUAUACAGUGUGGACUAGUCAUGGAGAAACGAAUAGUAGUUUUGGUAGAUUUCAAAACUUUGUUGUUGGUGAAAGUAGUAGGGCGGUGGAACCUAAUGUCCAAAAUUCUAGAAUGCACGACAUGGUUCAAGAUGCUUAUGGGAUGCAUUCCAAUUUUGAAUACGGUAACCAUGAUGAAGAAGCUCCAAAUGAAGAAGCUAGUCGUUUUUUUGAACAAUUGAAAAAUGCUAGUCGGCCUUUAUAUGAAGGAGUCCCCACUCUCAAUUGUCUAUUCUUCGUUAGAUUAUUAAGCAUCAAAGCGAUUGGAAUGUUCCUCAAGGUGCAAUGGAUCUUUGUGAUUGCCCUUAUACAUGAAUUAGUUGACCCGAAAUUAGAGAUACCUGAAAACUACUAUAAGGCAAAAAGAUUAGUGUCUAAGUUAGGACUCUCGUCGAUGAGAAUUGAUUGUUGUGAAAAUGGAAAUGGAUGCAUGUUAUACUAUAAGGAUGACAAAGGUCUAGAAUCUUGUAAGUUUUGUGGAAGAGCUCGUUUUAAGCGGACUCAUAGCGGGAAGAGGGUUGCCGUUAAGGCGAUGCAUUACUUACCUCUUAUACCAAGGUUAAAGAGGUUGUACGCAUCAAAUAGCUCCGCUCCUCAUAUGAGAUGGCACAGUGAAAAUAGAAGGCCGCACAGGGUUAUGUGUCAUCCAUCGGACGGAGAGGCUUGGAAACAUUUUGACGCAACAUAUCCAAACUUUGCGUCGUGA